AUGUCGGGCGCAGUAGCUAUUACCACUAUUGUUACCAAAAUUUUCACGAUCACUUCAUGCAAAAACGGGUGUAAUUAUCAUUAUCCUACCACUCUACCGCCUCCUCCACCCUCUGGAGAAUCAACUAUCGUUGCCACUAUGGUGCCCACAUCUUUAUGGAAAUUUAGUGCAACCUCCACUCCUGUCGGAUCCUCAAGCGGCAUUAUCAUUUAUUCGACAGGCAUGUCUUCUUGGCUCGAAGCCUCCGUCUACACCUCAUACAUUACCAACUGGUUGUCGAUGAGUGAAUAUAUACCGACUGCUACCGACGUCGAUUACUUUCCCAAAAUAAAGCCCGUAUCUAGCGCUAUUACUUCCCUCGGUGGUUAUAAAACAUCAAAGGUUGAGCUGCCACCAGCAAGUACGGCUGAACUUCAAUCCUCGCAUACCCAUGGGCCUUAUUUUGGUUAUCCUGAACCAUCCGCUACUAGUAGUUCGCUGGCAGAUAGCACGCCGCCACCAGAAAGUAUAAAAGUCCCUCUACAGUCCUUUCAUACCGAUAAGAAUAAUUCUGGCGCCCUUUUAUCCCCUGAAACUACCAACCCUAUUGUCGGCUAUACACCAGUUGCUGGGCUGCCGCUAGACAGCGCUCCUACUCUCUCCGUCGCCUCAUGCCUAGCUCAGACGACCACCAUCACCGUCACCGUAGGCCCUGAAGCGCCGCUUGCAACCACUGUUACCAUCACUGCCGAUAAAGUAUGCCCGUCCACCAAUUGCCCGACCUUCCCGGUGACUGAAGGCACAACUACUUUCUUUGCACCCCCAGUUUCCAGCUCUGGCACCGCGUACUCGGCCGUAACGCCCAAAUCAUACAAACAGGAGUCCCCGUACCACACCGGACCUUCAUCCUUCUCGGCGUCUCACAAGCACCCGAAUACAGUUAUCAAAAACCCUAACCUCUCGUCUGCGACCAAUACUCCUGUCAAGCCGAUCAGUACCAAGCACUACUAAGCACAUACUUAGCAUGGUGGAAUUGAGCCUUAAGCUUGAUUUCUUUCAUGAUGCUUGAGAUUUAGUUUGGGGCCAAGAAUCACCACAAAAAGGAACGUACACAUGGGAGGGGAGUUUAUGGGAUCUAUUUCUGAUUGAGACUCAGCAGUAGUGAUAUCAGAAGGUAUACACCAGCUCGUCUCAUUGAAGUUUUAAUAUACGUGUUUACUGCAUUUCCUUUCCUUGUUUCGUAGACAUAAAUAAAAGACCGUGAUGGUUUACUACAAUUUUGGGCGUC